AUGGAACCAUUGCGUUCGCCUUCUGUAGAUUCUGAGGAAUUUUUGGCGGAUUCCAAUGCACUGUACCACUGUACUUGGGGAUCUCCAAGACUGAGGCGACUGGAAAACGUUCUGUUAAUCAACCUUACACUUACCAACAUAGGCACCUCUAUUGCCUCGGUCAUGGUUAUUGUGGGGAGUUUUCAUGGGCACUGGAUAUUUGGACACGCAGGUUGUUAUGCAUACGGAAUAGGGUUUGGCGCAUCUGCCUUAGCAUCUUUCAACUCCAUGGCUGCGAUAUCAAUACAAAUGUAUCGGGAAAUCACCUGCAGGUUACCACGUGGUCAAACCGGAAGUAAGUUGAGGGGCGUGACGACAUAUCUGCUUGUCGUCUGGACAAAUUCCUUUAUUUGGGUAAUCGGGCCGGUGUUCGGUUGGGGGCGCUACAUACUAGAGAGCACAGGGACUUCUUGUACGUUUGAUUUCUUGACGCCGACGUUGAAGGACACCUCCUUCGUCCUCUCAUUGGCCUGCUUUGGUUUUUUACUGCCUUUACUGAUGAUCGUAAUCACCAACGUGCGCCUUUUCCGGCACAUUCACAUGGUGUCCUCAAACCUGAAGAAAUUCAAGGUGGACAGGUUCCCGACUAAAUCUCAGAAAUUGGUACGCAUUGCGCAAAUGACCCUCAGCACUGUGAUAGUCUUUGUCGUUCCUUGGCUCCCAUACGUCAUCGUGGCUAUGAUUGGAGUUUUCGGCGACAAAGAGCUUCUGACACCGCUUGUCGCUGGCGUCCCUGUUCUCGCCGCAAAGACGUACCCGAUGUUCACCCCGUUGCUAUAUAUCACGUAUCACAAAGAACUGCGCUCUGUGUUGAUGAGACGUAUACGGCGACGGAGGACAGCGCGUUUUCCGCAAAGACGCUCACCGGUGUCUCGGGGUGAUAGGAUAAACGUGAUAGCCAUCGAUUUGUUACCUGUUACAGAAAGCCGCUUGACUUCGUGUGGACCCGACGAAAUAAUGUUGAGUGAGUUUUAG